AUGGGUCUCGACUACAAAGUGUUCACCAGCAGACGUUCUGGCGUGAAUCGGUCCACCCCAGCCGGUCACGAUCAUCUCAAGUGGGUGCCGACCACUUCGACAUUGAUAUUCGGCCAAAAUGAUGCGGUGCUGGUCGAUACGCAGUUAACCAUGGCUGCUGCCAAAGAGUUGGUAGACUGGGUUGUAGCCACUGGGAAGAACCUCACGACGAUCUAUGUCUCCCAUGCCCAUGGCGAUCAUUUUUAUGGCACCGAUGCCGUCCUCGAAAGAUUUCCAGAAGCAAAAGUUGUGGCUACGCCGGAGACUGUCUCUCGUAUGGCUGAAGCCAUCGAUCCCGAAGGGAUGGACUCCUUUUGGAGAAAUCUUUUCCCUGGUCAGAUCCCGGAAAAGCUCGUGAUGGCCACCGCCCUGGAGCAAGACCACUUUAUGUUGGAAAACGAGCGAUUAGAAGUGAUCAGACUGGGCCAUACAGACACAGAUGAUACAACGGCUCUCUGGGUACCUGCAAUUGGCUUGGUUGUUGCGGGCGACGCAGUCUACAACCACACCCACCCAUUCCUCGGGGAGUCGAAAUCCCCAGAGGCCAGAUCAAAAUGGGUAGCAGCGCUCGAUAAGAUUGCGAGCCUAAAACCGAGAAUCGUCGUUGGCGGUCACAGUGACCCGUCCAAGGGAUUCUCUCCCGAUGCCGUCCAAGCGACCAAGGAUUAUUUGAAUGACUUCGCGCGACUGGACGAACAAACAUCCACUCCCGAGGAAUUAUACUCCCAAAUGAUGGAAUUGCAUCCCACUCGAUUGAAUGUUGGCUCACUAUGGGGAGGUGCAACGCUCGUGAAAAAAUGA